GUGUGGAAGAAAAUGUCAGUCAGCAUGCAUGAGAAUCGCAAAUCUAGGGCCAGUACUGGCUCCAUCAACAUAUAUUUAUUCCACAAGUCAUCCUAUGCCGACAGUGUCCUUACUCACCUGAACCUCCUGCGGCAGCAGCGGCUCUUCACAGAUGUGCUUCUCCAUGCCGGGAACAGGUCGUUCCCCUGCCACAGAGCUGUGCUCGCUGCUUGUAGCCGCUAUUUCGAAGCAAUGUUCAGUGGAGGACUCAAAGAGAGCCAGGACAGUGAGGUCAACUUCCAUAAUUCCAUUCACCCGGAGGUCUUGGAGCUCCUUCUGGACUAUGCGUAUUCCUCCCGAGUUAUCAUCAACGAGGAGAAUGCGGAGUCGCUGCUGGAGGCUGGGGAUAUGCUAGAGUUCCAGGACAUUCGGGAUGCUUGUGCAGAAUUCCUAGAGAAAAACCUCCAUCCCACCAACUGUCUGGGCAUGCUGCUGCUGUCGGAUGCUCACCAGUGCACCAAGCUUUACGAGCUCUCCUGGAGGAUGUGCCUUAGCAACUUCCAGAGCAUCAGUAAGAGUGAAGACUUCCUCCAGCUGCCCAAAGACAUGGUAGUGCAGCUUCUCUCCAGCGAAGAAUUGGAAACUGAAGAUGAAAGGCUGGUGUAUGAGUCAGCUCUCAACUGGGUCAACUAUGACCUGAGUAAGCGGCACUGUUACCUGCCCGAGCUGUUGCAGACAGUCAGACUGGCUCUCUUGCCAGCCAUAUACCUUAUGGAAAACGUAGCGAUGGAAGAACUUAUCACCAAGCAGAGGAAAAGCAAGGAGAUUGUAGAAGAGUCGAUAAGAUGCAAGCUAAAAAUCUUACAGAAUGAUGGAGUGGUAACUAGUCUGUGUGCCAGACCCCGUAAAACUGGCCAUUCGCUCUUUCUGCUGGGGGGCCAGACUUUUAUGUGUGACAAGCUGUACCUGGUGGACCAAAAGGCAAAGGAGAUCAUCCCGAAGGCUGACAUCCCAAGUCCCCGGAAGGAGUUCAGUGCCUGUGCCAUCGGCUGCAAAGUGUAUAUCACGGGCGGACGGGGCUCCGAAAACGGCGUCUCCAAAGACGUGUGGGUGUAUGACACUCUGCACGAGGAGUGGUCAAAGGCUGCUCCCAUGCUGGUCGCUAGAUUCGGGCACGGCUCUGCCGAACUCAAGCACUGUCUGUAUGUAGUGGGAGGACACACUGCAGCAACUGGUUGCCUCCCAGCUUCCCCUUCAGUAUCUUUAAAGCAAGUAGAACAGUACGACCCCGUGACCAACAAAUGGACCAUGGUUGCCCCGCUCCGAGAGGGAGUAAGCAACGCCGCUGUGGUCAGUGCCAAGCUGAAGCUCUUUGCUUUUGGGGGCACCAGUGUUAGCCAUGACAAGCUGCCCAAAGUUCAGUGUUACGACCAGUGUGAAAACAGAUGGACGGUGCCUGCCACGUGCCCGCAGCCCUGGCGCUACACGGCUGCAGCCGUUCUGGGCAACCAGAUCUUUAUUAUGGGUGGAGACACCGAGUUCUCGGCGUGCUCUGCGUACAAGUUCAACAGUGAGACCUACCAGUGGACUAAGGUGGGAGAUGUGACAGCCAAGCGCAUGAGCUGCCACGCAGUGGCGUCUGGAAACAAGUUGUACGUUGUCGGAGGCUACUUUGGCAUUCAGAGAUGCAAAACGUUGGACUGCUACGAUCCCACGUUAGAUGUAUGGAACAGCAUAACAACUGUGCCCUAUUCUUUAAUUCCAACGGCAUUUGUUAGCACGUGGAAGCACCUCCCCUCGUAACUGUGUGUGUGUUGCAGUUACAAAUUAUCAGUUCUGCUCCAUUAUUUGGAGAAGAAAAUUGGAACCUCAAAUCUGGAGAAACGGUUUUAAUGAAGAAAAAUCGUUGGGUGUCUGUUGCAUUUGAAGAAAAUCAUCCGCACCUUGUAAAUUAUCUAAUCUCUACAUGAAGGAACGGGAGGAAAACGCUGUCUUCACUGCUUCAGCACACGGUUUAAAUAUGAAUGAACGAACCUAUGAUCUGGUCCUUGUGUUGAUAAACAUGGAUUCAUGCCAGUAUGAAUCAGUCCUUCAAGGGAGAAAAAAGCUCAGCUUCUGUGAGCUGUGUGGCACAACCCUCAGUUUUCGUGGACUCCACCGUGGGCGCGUGGGACUGGCCGUGGUCGGCGCCUCUCUCCGUGGAGCUCUGGAGCCCCGGCCGGGGGGCGCUGCACGAGGAGGUGACGGUCCCGGGGCAGAGCCCCCGUCCCAGGGCAGAGCCCCCAUCCCAGGGGUGAGCGUGGCCAUGGGCAGUGCCCGUGGCAGCCCUCGGGGCCGCCUUGUGAUGCCCCCUUGGCUUCUUGCAGAGCUGCACAGUCUGACGUGUCUUGCAGCGGUGGAGAACAAAACUGAUGCCCCCCAAAUGCCGAUUGUUCCCUUGCCCCUGUAUUUAUAAGUAAUUUGGACUGGCCCCUUCCUGUUAUGUUACUUGUUGUAGAUACAGUUAUUUAUUGUUCCGUGCUUGCAUGCUGAAACAAUGCCUGCCGUUGUCUUCAUGUGGUCAGGGCUUGCGUGAGUUGUAUGUUUUGCACAUUUUGUGAUCUCUAACUUGCUCUGCUGCACAAAGAAAGAAAACUGAGUAACGGUGGAGGUGGGAGGGGGGCUUCCCAGUCGGAAAUGGAAGGAUUACAAGGCAGGAUCUUAAGUUACACCCGAACUAAAGGAAGAAGCCAUGGAGGUCGCAUUCUCAGGCCACCAGCUCCCCGGGUUGCAUAUGGGGUGUCUUGUAGAUGGUGUCCCUGCUACAUUUCAUUUGCUGCUCAUGCCUUUGACUGUCUAGUCUGGAAACAGCCCAGCUCGCUUACAGCUCUCUCUUUGUGCAGCUUCCUGAUUGCAACGCAAAUGCUGUGGAAUAGCUUCUGGAUACCAAGCCCAGAUGAAGUCAUUGUCCAAAGUUAUUUAUUUAUUUAUUGGGUUAAAGGGUGGGGUACUUAUCUAUACUUAUAUAGCCACAUUGACCUGAAUGAGUAGAGUAUGGCUGAUUCAAGAAUGAGAACAAAACCCUUGAGAUAGGUUAGUGAUGAAGUCUUUAAAGAAAGAGAAAAAGCAGAACAGCAAUUUUGCACUGACUGGGUAGUCUUAAUCCUCUGGAUUCCUGAGGGGUAGCUGAGUGGUGGGGUAUCAAAGACCCAAGCGUUACAGCAUGAGGAUAGAAAAUGAAUUUUAGAACUCUUAAUCUUAGAAAUAGUCCUCAAAUUCUGCUCUCUUUUUCCAGAGCCAGGUAUGUCUUUAAAUAUUUGGGUGCUCAGAAGUGUCCGGUACAAUCCUGAGAAGCCAAACUUCAAUUUUGUAGAUAAAUUUCUUCGUUGGUCCUGUUUUGAGAGAGAUACGAAGCUACUCUUGCUCCCCUGGAUUUCAGAAGCUUGUGUUUCACAGAUGCUUUCUUUGCCAGGUUCUGUUAUAAAAGCAUGUAUUGUAUUGUGUUUUUUCCUAAGUGUUUAUAGAGCCCAAUUGAACUGGCACAUUCAGUACCGUGGUUGUUGUAUGCCACAGUGUAAGUGAAACGUUUGCAUGCCUGCAUGCAAAACAGAAAUAGUCAAAUUGGUGAUGCCUGCCUUUGUGUGACAGUGGUGUAGCUGUAUUUGUGAAAACUUUAUCACCUGAAGUAUUAACACUGAUCACUGAAAACUUCUCUAUGCUGCCUUACAUUUGACUGCUGUUUGGAAUACAUAGACCUUUACAUUUCAGAAACUGGAUGUUUGGAGUUGUGCUGGGAGAACACUCCUUAGUUAUUGAAGGAGAUGGCUUUUUUUUUUUAUUCUUUUCCCAAGGUAAGGCCCAGCUAGAUGUGAACAGUUACAGCUAUAGUUCCUCUGGUUAAAUUGAUCUGUUGAAAGAAUAUAUUUUUUUAAGUGUUUAAACUCACAGCCUUCCCAGAAUUGGUUCUUUUCUCUUACACGGCUUUUAAGCAGUGGGAAAACAGCCUAACUGUAACCCUUUCCUUGCACAGAUUGUCCUGUUUAAACAGGAUUGAAUUGCUGCUGCCUUUCAUCUUGCGGAUCACUCCCUGAUGCGAAGUGAGCCAUAAAAUCAGACUUCCUGUGCUUGGCCUGUGCUCUCGCCAGGCACUGGCCACUGCAGGAGGCCCAAGGAAGUGAAGAGCCAGGUCCCUGGAGAGCCUCAGCGAGGGUGUGUAGCUUCAAGACCUGUUUCUCCAUCCAGCUGCUUGCAGCCCAGAGGGGAAGCUGCACUCUGCCUGUUCUGCUUGCAGCUCAGUUCUGUUUGCCAGCACCAGCCAACUUCCGAAAGGAAGGGGAAUUCAUAGCAGCUGUUUCCAGAGCUGUGCUCUGCUGUCAAGCCCUCGAUGAAUUGCUGUGUGUAGGCUGAGGGAAGCAGAAGGCAGGGUGGGCCUCUGGCCCUGCAGGGAAUAUGCUGGGCUCCUGCUUUCUGAAUUGAUGGGGGAACCCUGGCUAGCUGCUU